AUGCCUCACGCAAGUCGAGACUCGAUGGUGCGCAACUCGAGCUCGCCUCAGACAACCCGUCGCACCAGCCUUAGUAGAGCUGCGCGCCAUGCUGCAACAGGAUCCAGUCUCGCCGGCAGUUCAACCGGCGGCCCACUCAAUCCCCAAAUGGUGUCGCAUCUUGAGCUUCCCUCGCUUACAAAUGUGUCUGCGCCAUUCGUUGCGCCACUUCCCGCGCCAUCCACUCUGGGAGCUUCUGCUGAACUCGCUGGAACUCGGCCAGGGCCCACCAUCACAGUCACCAUGCCUGGCCAACCCUCUGUUUCUGUAGCUACUUCAGCUGCCCCUCCGCUCACCUCGGCGAGUCUCAGCGCACCAAGCACCAUUGGCACCUCCGCCACUCGCGCCAUGGCUGAGACCAUGCUCAGUGACAUGAACGCCCGGCUGGCCGCCGCAGCUGCACGUCGUGUGCCGGCGGAUGGGCCAGACUACACGGUCGCUGUCAAUUCCUUGGGCAUCGCCAGGCGGGAGUACCGCAUCGCGCCGGAUUCCGUCCCAACGUCCAGUACGACACGCGGCAUGGAGGUUCGCGAGCGUCAGCGUAGUCGCAAUGCUAGCGCUCGAAGCCAAGUAGCGCAGGCGGAAGCGACCGAAGCUCAGCGACACAGGCUUAUGCGAGAGGAAAUACAUCGCGCUCACAUGCAAGCUGGCGCAGCUCUAAGAUAUCUCGUCGAGCAUGGUCUUCAGGAUCAGUAUGCGGCAGCAUUUGCCGCCCUCAGUGGACAGUACCAGCAGUACUACCAUCAGUGGACGCAAAUGGCAGCCUCAACCGACGCGUUAGCUACCGGCACAUCUCCUGCAGGGGCUUUCCCGAGCUCCGAAGCUGCUGGACCACGCACAGAAGCGAUGAACUCGACUGGUCAAAGCCCCGGAGGUCAGCCCUCCAACGUCACUACGCCUCCAUUGCUAGACGUAUCUUCCCUCGCUCAGCGAGCUGGAAUGUCCAUCGCCGAGCAACAGCAACAGCAGGCCUUUGCCCGCGCUCAGUAUCAGGCGAAUGUACGCGCUCAUGAACAAGCAGCUCACGCCGCCGCGCAAAGGCAACGCGAAACUCGACGUGUCGAAGCUCAGCACAAGGUCUACUUGAUCAACUGCCGCCACUGUGGGGUGAUGUUCACGAAUAGAGGAAUGAAGGUAAGUCUCUCUUUGGACAUCAGCUUGCCACGACCGGAGGCAUGUGGACUUACUCCCGAGUUACUGCUCUUCAUAGGCUGUGCUGCUCUUGCGUCCUAACAUCACGCUAUACAGCACUGACGCUUUCCCUGACAAUACUGAACCUCAUCAUGCACCAUCUGGUCUUGGAACCGGCGAGGCAGGACCGCAAAGGACUUGCGACUGCAUGACGCAGAGCCUGGCGUGCAAGGGAUGCCACCAACCGAUCGGCUACAUGAUCAUGUCGCCCUGCUCACGCUGCACCAGCAGCGUUUCGAAAGCCCAGAGAGGCUCGAAUGGUCACCGCACAGUACUGCAUUGCACCGAAAUCACCGUUCGUGAGCGUCGGUACGUCCCAGGAGAGGCGGGCGUCUAUGCAUGUCCGCCUCCCGUUGCGGUCAUUGGCUCUCGCAGCCGUAGACCUGCCCGCGAUGGUCCUCUGUACUACGCGGACCGUGGGUUCACUCCUAUUGAGGACGAUAUACCAAUGGAUGGAGACGAAUGCACGGACGAUGAGGAGUACGACUCUCAGGACGAAGAGAUGAUCGACGAUGCUUCAGCGGAGGCAGCAAAAGCAGAAGAGGCAUUAAGCCAAGCGCGAGCCCAAGCUGACCAGCUAGUGGAUGAGUUCAUGCCUCGUCGCCCCCAGUCUCGUUAUCUGCCUCAGACCAGCUUGAACCCAAGCAAGGAAGCCACGUCCAAGCCCCUGCGCCGCAUCAAGCGCGGAGAAACAUUGUAUUGGAACGACCUCGCGGCAUGUGGCGAAUGCCCUACACCGUUCGAUUCCGAUCUCGCACUCGAGAUGUGGCGCCACGGCCAGUGA